GUUUCACAGCAGUUACACCCUGAUUUUGUUCAUAAAAAAGAUUUAAAUUUUUCGUCAUCUAAAAUUUUUGUACGGGAAAUACCUUUCGCUUCCAUUUUUGUGUUUAAUACAGGAAUACCUUUAUUGGUAUUCCUUCUCACUCUCCCUUAUACUUUUCUUUUUUAAAACUUUCCUUUAUAACAUUUAUUAUUCAAAUUCUUUCUUUAAAUCGUAAUAUUUCGCAGUGACGAAAUAUUCGAAAUAUUCCAACCUUUACAUCCCCCUUCAUCAACUUUUUCUCUCCCUCUAAAAAUAUUUUCCAUAUAUAACGCGUUAUAAAAUAAUAAAUUACCUAAAUAAUAAUCAAAAAUGGAAGCUGGCUUUGAAUCUAAUAGGAGAGCUUCCAUGCUCAACCGUCGUAAAACACUCAUCAGGCCUGAAAGAUAUCAACCGGCAACUCCUAUGUUGCCAGGUGAUGGUAAAAAAGAAUUUGACCUCUGGGUAUUUUUUUCAAAAGUUGUCACCAUUUGGGCUCCCGCAUCUCUAUUGUCUUCUGUUGGUGGACUUCAUGAUAAAGGUUCCCGACAAGCUUGGCGAGAAAAAAUUGCGUUGUGUUUUAUCGUUUUUCUUAUGGGUGGUUCUGUAGCCUUUUUGACUGUUGGUUUCGCUGCCGUUUUGUGUCCCCCAUCUCAACAAAAUAAUCCCGCUAUGUUUUUACGAUAUGGUGAAUCACCAGGACAUCUUGGUAUUCGAGGAUGGCAAUUUGAUAUUACAAAUGCUGUAAACCCUAAAGGUCAAGACAAUAAAGAUCUUAUAAACUUUGAUGCUCUCGCAAAAGAUCAAAAUGGACAAGAUAUUACACAAUUUUUUCAACGUGAUGUUGUUGAAUAUCCGAGUUGUCAGGACCCUGUGAUACAAAAAUUCGCUGCUGUAAAUGACCAAUUUUGUAAAAAAGAUUCUCCUUGUUCACUUAAAAAACUUGAUGAUGCCACUUUUGCUGAAUAUAAAAUUGUUAACACAACUAAAAAAGUCGGGUUCGAUUGGGAUCAAAUUGGUGAUCUUGCAGAUUAUUUAGUCAUUGAUGGUAAUGUUCUUAACCUUGAAGGAUAUAUGAAAUCACAUCCAGUUCCAACUGGAGAUCAAAUUGAUAAAAUCAUCCGUUCAGUCUUGAAUACUGACCAUAAACAAGGUGGAAAGGAUGCUACACGUCUUUUCUUUGGAAGACCUGACCUUAAAGCUUCAGUUAAUUGUCUUGUUAGCAAAUAUUACGCUGGAAACAUUGAUAAGGAAACAAUUGGAUGUUUUACCUCCACACUCUUUUUAUACGUAUCUUUGACUGUCAUCUUAAGUAUUGUAUUGACUCGUUUUGCCAUGGCUUGCAUUUUCGAUUGGUUUAUAUCUCAUCGCCUUGCUCAUAAACCGAAGGAUAAAAAUUCUGUUGAUUCGACGCAAAAUUUCGUUAAUGCUGGUGGUCAACCAUUAACUUCUGGAAAUGGUGCGCUUAAAACUCUGGAUGAUGUUGGUAACGAUUUAUUUACUGUCUUAUUAGUUACAUGUUACUCUGAAGAUGAAGUUGGUAUAAGAUGUACAUGCGAAUCUAUGGCUGCUACCGAUUAUCCUGAUGAUCGUAAAUUGUUGUUCCUUGUUUGUGAUGGUAUCAUCGUUGGUUCCGGCAAUGAUAAAAGUACUCCUGAUAUUUGUGUCGGUCUUAUGGAACUUGAACCUGAAUUUAAAGAUCCUCAACCAAAAAGUUAUAUUGCCGUUGCUGCUGGUGCUAAACAACACAACAUGGCUAAGGUCUAUGCUGGAUAUUUCCACUAUAAGGAUCGUCGUAUCCCUAUGGUUACCAUUGCAAAAUGCGGUGCUCCCGAAGAACAGGGUAAACCAAAACCCGGAAAUCGUGGAAAACGUGAUUCUCAACUGAUUUUAAUGAACUUCUUUAGUCGUGUUACUUACAAUGACCGUAUGUGCGCUUUGGAUUAUGAUCUCUUUAGAAAAAUCCAUCAUUUAAUGGGUGUAACUCCAGACUUUUUCGAAAUUGUACUCAUGGUUGACGCUGACACUAAAGUAUAUCCCGACUCCCUUAGACUUUUAAUUAAUUGUAUGUGUAAUGACCCUCUCAUUAUGGGUCUUUGUGGUGAAACUAAGAUCGCCAACAAGCGUGAUUCUUGGGUUACUGCUAUUCAAGUUUUUGAAUAUUAUAUUUCCCAUCAUUUGGGUAAGGGUUUUGAAUCCGUGUUUGGUGGUGUUACCUGUUUACCUGGUUGUUUCUGUACAUACCGUCUUAAGGCUCGUAAAGGUGAUGACGAUUGGGUGCCAAUUAUCACAAAACCUGAAAUUGUACAAGAAUAUUCGCAAAAUACAGUUGAAACCCUUCAUCAAAAGAAUUUAUUACUCCUUGGUGAAGAUCGUUUCUUAACAACACUUAUGUUGAGAAACUUCCCUCAUCGUAAGAUGAUGUUCUGUCCGCAAGCUAUUUGUAAAACAGUAGUACCUGAUGAUUUUUGGGUUUUACUUUCACAACGUCGUCGCUGGAUCAACUCCACAAUACAUAAUCUUUUAGAACUAAUUCUCGUCCGAAAUCUUUGUGGAACAUUUUGUUUUUCCAUGCAAUUUGUUAUCUUUAUGGAAUUGAUCGGUACCGUUGUACUUCCUGUUGCUAUAGUAUUAACUUAUGGUUUGAUUAUUAGUAUAAUAUUGAAACCUCCACAAGAUGUUACUGAAGCUAUUCCAUUGAUGAUGUUGGGAAUGGUUCUUGGUUUACCCGCUAUAUUGAUUUUGAUUACCACAAGAAAAUUGAUUUAUAUUGCUUGGAUGUUUAUAUAUUUGCUUGCUUUACCCGUAUGGAAUUUUAUCUUACCAACAUAUGCUUACUGGAAUUUUGAUGAUUUCUCAUGGGGCGAAACCAGAAAAGUCGAGGGUGAAGGAAAAGGUGAUGAUCAUGGUAAAAAAGAUGGUGAAUUUGACGCAUCUAAUGUGCCCUUAAAACGGUGGGAAGAUUGGGAACGUGCUCGUAUCCGAACAAACAAACGUCAGGAACGUCAAAGACACCAAGGAGGACAAAUAAAUCAAUAUGAUGGAGAUUAUUAUGGAGAUGCAGGUUCAGUACAUUCACAGAUGUCAUCAGAACAAGGCCAACAACAAUAUUAUGAUUAUUCUGCAAACUCCGCUAACGGUACAGGAUAUCCUCCACAACAAUAUUAUCAACAACAACAAUUUGAAGAUACACGGUUUAAUACGUAUGAAUUGGAACGCGCACCGUCACCUAAUCCGCAAGGUCACGGUGGUUAUUAUUAAAAAAAAAAAAAAAUUUAACUCUAAAAAAACAAUUUACUUAUACAAGAGAACUUUAAUUUAAUUAAAAUAGAAAAAAUCCGAUUUUUUUAAUACAUUUAUAGAAACCUUCUUUACAUUCUAAUUUAUAACAAUAUACUACAAAAAUUUAUUUGCAAGU